CACGCUCUCGGCUCCUCGAUUGAGCGAGUCUGAGCGGCUCCCAGAAGGCUGUGCGCUGUUGGCAGCUGGGGCAGACAUGGCGGGCUUGGUGAAGAAGACCACUGGCCUCGUGGGGUUGGCUGUUUGCGAGAAUCCGCACGAGAGGCUAAGGUUACUGUAUGCGAAGAUUCUGGAUGUUCUUCAACAGAUGCCUAAAGCUGCAGCGUACAGAAAAUACACGGAGCAGGUCACAAAUGAGAGGCUGAGUGUGGUGGAGACGGAAUCAGAUGUUAAAAAAUUAGAAGAUAAACUUCAGGCUGGUCAAAUAGAAGAGGUGAUUCUUCAGGCUGAAAGUGAACUAAGUCUGGCAAGAAAAAUGAUGCAGUGGAAGCCAUGGGAGCCGUUGGUGGAAGAACCUCCUGCCAACCAGUGGAAAUGGCCGAUAUAAAUAGGUUGAUGGGAAAUGGAUUUAAUGAAAUGUGCUAUUAUUUUAAAACAUUUCCUUACUAUUGAUAUUUUGUAGGUAUGUAAAAAUUUAGAAGACUGAUAUAAGAUGUGUGUGGGAGACUUGGUAAAGUUAGGAAUUAUGGUGAUAGGGUCUCGUGACUCAAUUUUUGAAUUGUAAAGUAUUCACUCUGAUUAUUUCAAAGAUAGUAUUUCUUUGACCAGAAAAGGUUGUGGGGAGAUUUGAAAGUUAACUGAAAAAUUCCCAGGGAGUCUACAGAACAAGUAUCUUCAGUUUGUAAUAAUUGU